AUCCGUCUACUAACUUUAUCGCAUAAUAAUAAACAUAACAAUACAACACAAGCUCAGCCUUGUAACAUGGGGAGAAACUUAUCCAAGAGGCUUCAACACCACGCUCAACUUGUGAAACGUCACCCCUGAACGCAAGACGGAGUUACAAGAAACAAUGGAGGAUCCCCAUACACGGUACAGCAAGCGCCUGCGUACUGGUACGCGUCGCCGCUACCAGGAUGACGGAAUCUCCGACGACGAAAUCGAAGGGAAGCGUAUGUUUGACCUGGAUGAAAAGUUACAGUGCAGCAGGUUUGGCUCCGGCUUGAUCAAGCACAUGGAGGGAAAAGAUUUCACAUUUGAAUACAUCCAGAGGGAAGGGCUAAGGGAUCCCAUCAUCUUUGAGCAAGCUGAAGGCCUCGGACUACAAAUGCCAGACUCUGAUUUCAGCGUGAGUGAUGUCAAAGUGUUUGUUGGCAGUCGCCGCAUCGUCGACGUGAUGGAUGUGAACACCCAGAAGGGAAUCGAGAUGUCCAUGGCUCAGUGGCGGCGCUACUAUGAGACGCCACCGUCAGAAAGAGAGAAACUUUACAAUGUUAUCAGCUUGGAGUUCAGCCACACCAGAUUGGAGAAUCUGGUCCAGCGACCCGCUUCAGUGGACCUGAUCGACUGGGUAGACAACAUGUGGCCUCGCCAUCUGAAGGAGAGACAGAGAGACUCCACUAAUGCAAUCAUAGACAUGCAUUAUCCCAAAGUACAGAAGUACUGUCUCAUGAGUGUGCAAGGCUGCUUCACAGAUUUUCAUAUUGACUUUGGAGGCACUUCAGUCUGGUAUCACAUACUCCGAGGGGGAAAGGUGUUCUGGCUGAUUCCACCCAGCCCUCAGAACCUGGAGAUGUAUGAGAACUGGGUUUUAUCAGGAAAACAAGGGGAUAUCUUCUUGGGUGACAAAUGUCAUGACUGCCAGAGGAUAGAGCUCAAGCAAGGCAACACUUUCAUGAUUCCCUCAGGGUGGAUCCAUGCUGUGUACACACCUGAGGACACCCUGGUGUUUGGUGGGAAUUUCCUCCACAGCUUUAACAUUCCCAUGCAACUCAACAUCUACAGCAUUGAGGAUCGCACUCGGGUCCCAGCAAAGUUUCGCUACCCAUUCUACUAUGAGAUGUGCUGGUACGUCCUGGAGAGAUACCUCUACUGUCUGACGAAUGUCUCCCACCUCACUCCUGAGUUCCAAAAACACUCCCUCGGCAUAGGCCUGACACGAGCAGACCUUGAGGCUAGUGACCACACUGGCAAUGGUACCGCCAAUGGCGUUAACAGCGAUACUGAAAUAAAGUCAAAAGAAUCUGCAUCUGACGAUGAGGAUGAAGUAAAAAAUGAAAAAACAGACCAGGUUGUCAGACGGCAGCAUGUAUUGACACCCUUUGAGCUGGAGGGACUGUGGAACCUGUUGGGGAAGCUGGAAGAAUUGCCUCCCCACAAGAAGUGCGUCCCCACAGGGAUUGACAAUACCGAAGCUUUACUCGAAGACAUGAGGGCUGUCCUGAAGGAGCAUGCCACUGAUAACCCCAACAUGUCCUACACUGGAGACCCCAUUGUCAGGUGGCCCAAAAGACCGUCAUGGUACCAACCACCCGCAAGCCCACCAGCGCCGCCUUACCGUCCCCGCUUGGGCCCUUCCCUCCACAAGCCUUUGGGUCAGCGAUCCAGCAAAAGCUCAUCCAUCUCGGCCUUGAGGCGGCGAAGGGUGCGGUGCAAGUACUGCUCGGCCUGCUGCAGGAAGGAGUGCGGCAACUGCCAGUACUGUCUGGACAUGAGGAAGUUCGGCGGGCCAGGAAGGAUGAAGAAGAGCUGCAUCAUGAGACAGUGUCUCAUGCCCGCUUUACCAAAUACAGCCCGAUGUGCUGUUUGCGGAGAAGGGGAGGCAGAAGAAUCACACCCAAGCACUCACACACUCAUGGAAUGUUCUGUUUGUUCGCGCAUUACUCAUCGCCAGUGCACGAAGGAGCCUGGCGAGGGGAAGAUUAAUAAAGAUUUGCCAAGCUGCUGGGAAUGUCCUAGAUGUUACCAAGACAAAGAUUCAGCAUCAGAGUCCUUCAGCGAUGGAGAAAGUGACUCGUCAGAGGAAUCAACAUCCCCGCCGCCGUCCAAACUUGCCUACAGGGAAGGCAUCGGUGUGGGUGAAAGGAUGACGCGAGGGCGACGUGGCAGACCCCCGACACGGCCGACAGCCCCACCGCCCUCUCAAAAAUUGCUAUUACAGCAUCAACAGAACCGCAAAAGAGCAAGUCUACUGGAGCUUAGGCUCAAGAAGAGGCUAAAACUGGAGCGCAGCAAAAUUCUUGCACAGAAACAGUCAAUGGAGCGCUCCAAGCUACUAUCUCGCCUGCACUCUCCAGUGAACAGACUGUCUCAGGGAAGAGGUCGGGGUACCCCCUGGCUCAGUGGCUCCUCUCUCGGCAGCCACCCCAGAGCGCCUGGCUCCCUCCGGCAACAUUCUUCACCUGGUCUGACAUUUGAAGCUAGGGGAGAGCCCCGCGGAGGGAGGGGCAGAGGUGUGAGGCUGCGCGGUGGAGGAGCGGGAAGAGGAGUCACCAGUGGUAGACGUCAUCCGAGGUUAGAGGAGGACAGUGAGGACAGCAGCAGCACCACCACCACUGACAGCAGCAGCUCUGACGACGAGCCAGAGGAGAUGGUGCCAAACGGUAAAGAGAACCAGCCACAGUUGAGACGAGGAGGACUUUCAGCCAAAGAAAGGGAAGAGGAAGAGCUGCGAGACGCCAACGGAAAUGGCACGGAGGGUGACGGCGAAGACAUGGAGCAGGUCACUGAUGCCUCGUUUGUCAAAGUCACUCUACAAAGGCCAACCAAGGACAAGCAAGGCCCUUCAGCCAUUGUUCCCAAACUAGAGGCAAUCACCCCACAAUCAGCAACACACAACCCCAAUAGGCUGUACGGUAGACCGCCCAUCAGAAAUCCAAAUACAAAUGGUAAACAUUCCAGCGGGCACCUGCCACCAAUCACCCGCAGCGGACACAUGCGCACCUCCCACCAGACAGAGAGCGGCGUGGCGUCUAAAAGAAAAAAGCUCAGCGGCACGGCUAAGAUGGGCAACGGCGCCACCUCAUCUUCAUCCUCUGAGCUUCUACACCUUCGCACGCCUCUGUCCGCCUUGCAGGAUGGAGGGAGUGAAACAGACAGGGAGGGCAGUGGGCCAGACUGUGAGAGGGAAGUGUGGGUGUCUGUCUUUCGCUACUUAAGUCGAGCAGAGCUCUGUGUGUGCAUGGCCGUCUGCAAGAACUGGUACAAAUGGUGCCUCGACAAGCGGCUUUGGGCGCAAAUUGAUCUGAGCAUUAAGCGCAGCAUCACGCCUCAGGCACUAACGGGCAUCAUAAAGAGACAACCUGCUUCUCUCGAUCUCUCUUGGACCAACAUCUCCAAAAAACAGCUCAGCUGGCUUGUUGGCCGCCUUCCAGGGCUGAAGGAUCUAAUGCUGGCAGGUUGUUCAUGGACAUCUGUUUCUGCUCUCUGUUCGUCUGGUUGUCCUCUCCUUCGCUCUCUUGACCUGCGAUACGCAGAUGGCGUCAGAGAUGCUCAGAUCAGGGACUUGGUCACUCCUCCAGGCUGUGACAAUCGCAGUCAGUUGCGGACCAUGCAGUGUCUUCGACUAGCUGGCCUGGACAUCAGUGACUCGACACUGCGCCUGGUGAUCCGCCACAUGCCCCACUUGACCAAGCUGGACAUUUCCCACUGCAACAGCCUCACAGACCACUCCAUCAACCUGCUGACUGCGGUGGGCUCGUCCACGCGAAACACACUGACAGAACUCCACUUAGGAGCUUGCAGCAAACUAUCAGACACGUGUCUAAAGUAUCUCCGCCGCCUGUCCUGCAUAUCACUGUUGGAUCUGCGAGGCUGUAAAGGCGUCUCCCGCAAAGCGUGCGAGUCCUUUAUCUCAGAGCUAUCAAUCAACACGCUCUACUGCCUGUCAGAUGAAAAACUGAUCCAGAGGAUUUCCUAAAGUUGGAUGCUAAUGGCAAGGUGGGGACGCUUCAUGUGCACCUGCAGAAUUGGGGUCGUAAUGCGGGAACACUUACUGACUUAACUGGUGUUGACGGAAGGGAGCUAUCACCGCUGGAAAAGAGUACCUAAAAGAAAAAGACUCAGGACUCCUUUUUGUUUUUGUCUUCCUUUUUUGGGGGCUAGAGGGAUAAAGCAAAGCAUCUUUUUUUUCAUAGUUCAUUAUGAAUGAGCUGUUCUGGACUACACAUCCACAUUUAAUUUUGUGUCCUUCAAUGUUAAAUCACACUUUGCUUCCAUUUUUGCUUCAUGCACAAAAACUAUGGGUCGAUUUUGUUGUUUUUUUUCGUCAAAAAUUUGAAAUGGAGUGCAUUUACAAGCUGUAAAGGUGUUUAUGUGGUAAAUAUGCAUGAGCGUAUGAGAACGUGGCUCUCUCUCCAG